AUCCUGAGAACUCACCAACUCUUUGGAAAGAGAGAACAUGGGCAUGUCAGGGCCUCUUCCCAUUGCAAACAAACUCCAGACACAUGUGCCACUUGUGCAUGUGGCUUUUCAUCAUCAGUCCUAAGGAAUUAGAUCCCAGCCAGCAGGCAUUGCAUUUCCCCCUCCUUCCAUUCUUUAAGGCGGCGUGUUCCUGAGUUCCAGAGUUGGCUUCUGUGAACAUGGCUGAUCAUGGAAGCUCUGCUCUGAGAAUUGUUCUAGUAGGGAAAACUGGAAGUGGAAAAAGUGCUUCAGGAAACACCAUCCUUGGGAGGCAAGAGUUUGUGUCUAAGGUUUCUGCCCAAGCCAUUACCAAGUCCUGCCAGAAAGCAUCCCGGACAUGGCAGGGGAGAGACAUUCUUGUAGUUGACACCCCUGGGCUCUUCGACACCAAGGAGACUCUGAAGACCACAUGCACACAAAUUUGCCAGUGCGUCAUCUUCUCCUGCCCGGGACCCCACGCCAUCAUCCUGGUCCUGCAGCUGGGCCGCUACACUGAGGAGGAGCAGAAGACCGUGGCUCUGGUCAAGGGACUCUUUGGGACAGCGGCCAUGGAGUACAUGAUAGUCUUGUUCACUCGCAAAGAUGACCUUGAACAGCAGAGCCUUGCUGACUUUUUAGACGACGCAGAUGAAAACCUGAGGAGCCUCAUCCGGGAGUGCGGGGGCCGCUGCCUGGCCUUUAACAACCGAGCAGCUGAGGUCGAGAAGGAAGCUCAAGUGCAGGAGCUGGUGGGGCUCAUCGAGAAGAUGCAGCAGGCCAACGGGGGGGCUUACUUUUCUGACAACAUCUACAGGGUCACACAGCAAAGGCUGAACGACUGUCUAUGCAACUUGAAGAAAACUUACACUGAUCAGUUCAAUAACAAAAUCCAGCGGAUAGAAAAGAAAUAUGCUGAGAAAUCAGAACAAGAGAGGAGGGAACUCAUACUGCGUAUAAUGGAAGAUCAUGAGGCCAGAAUAAGCAAUAUCAUGGAAGAAGUGGAGAAAAAUAUGUUUCAAAGAAUUUUCAAAAUGAUUUUGAAUAUGCUUGUAAAAAUAUGGAGUACAUUUUGGUCAUGAUAUAAAUUUCAUCUUUCCUUUUAAUUUACUAUGAUUUGUUUAUGUAGUAUAUUUUCAGAGACGUUUACAACCUUGUAUUUUAAUUUCCUGAU